AUGUUGAGUGCAGCAGAAGACAUAAUGUCCAAACAAGAAGGUCACAGUAAAACACCAAUUUCGAACAGUACUUUAGAUUCAAAAACUUGUAUAGAAACUAUUACAACUCGUGAAUGCAAAACGGCUACAUUAGGAGCUGUACUGCUGGCUGAUGUUGUGCCUAGUUUGAUUGCAAAGAUGACACUACCAUUCUUUAUGCAUCGGCUGCCUCAUGGGUAAGAAAAGUUAAAAUUUUUAAAAUUAAUCGUGGUCAGGCUGAACGUUUUAUAUUAUUAAUUAACAUCAAUAUUAGUAUAAUACAGAUUUUUUAAUUUGCUUUUAAAAAUAAUCAUUAAAUUUUUUAUUUUAGUGUGCGACAUUUAAUGGUUUGUGUUUUACAAGCGGCCAGCUAUAUUAUAGUUGCUUCAUCAAACAGUAUAGCAAUGAGUUUGUUUGGAGUAGUAUGUGCAGCUUUGGGUUCAGGUAUUGGCGAAAACGCGUACCUGUCUCUUACAGCUCAUUACAGCGGGUAUGUUUUUUCGUCGUUGUAUUCGAAAAGUUGAGCUUCUUAACUGUAGUAUACGUUUAGAAACGCAAUUUCUGCAUGGUCGUCUGGUACUGGUGGUGCUGGUAUAUUCGGUUCUUUAGCGUAUGCUGGUCUUACCGAGCCGCACCUGCUUGGAUUGUCGCCUAGGACGACUUUAUUAGUUAUGUUGAUUAUUCCAGUUUUGUUUUACAUAACGUAAGUUUUAUAUUAUCGUCAAGGCUUUUAAUAAAUAUCAAAAAAUAUCGACCAAACCCUAUAAAUCGACCAUUUUCGGUCCAAAAUAUCGUAUCAAAAUCGAUUUUUAGGAUAUAUUUUGAUAAAUAUUGUUUUCGUUGCGGGACAUUUUUUUUCGGAAAUAUCAAUGUGGCUCGAAAAAAACUGUCUAUUUGAAUCGUAAUAAAGUUAGUGUUAUUGUAGUUUAAUCAACUUAUAAAAUUCUUUUUAGCAACUACACGGUACUUGUACCAUCGCCAACAAUCUACCGUGCAAACAUCUCACGCCCACAAACGUGGAUUAUACCUUCAGUUUCCAAGAAACAUAUAAUUACUACGACUGAUGAAAAAGAUGCUAUUGGUAGACAUGCUUGGGCUUCAAGCGCUGAAAGUAUUGCAGUAAAAGAGAACGAUUUGCAUCAAUCAAAUACUACGGCAACGUUGACUACACAACAAAGACUGAGACUUGUUUUGCCGUUACUUAAGUACAUGAUUCCAAUUUCUGUCGUAUAUUUUGCAGAGUACUUGAUUAAUCAAGGUUUGGUAAGUUUUUUUUUAUUUUGUUCUUGUAUUAUGUAAUACAAACUACUUAUCAAGUUUAUCUUCUUUCUACAACUCCCUAACUAACUUUGACUUACCGUAUCUUUUUCUGUUACUUUACCCGCACCUAACCAAUUAAACAUUUUAAUUAAUGUAAGAUCAUUUACGUUACUGACAUAAAAUUGCUACAGUAUUAUUUAAGUAAGCUUAAGCCUAAGCUUAAACCUUAAGCUGAAACAUAAAAAUAAUUAAAAAAAUUUUUUUUAUUUUAAAAUUGGGUAAACAAAUAUAAAAUCUAAAAUUUUAGACACAAUUCUUGGUGUUCGACUGCGCUAAUAGCUUUUCGUUUUCCCCACACAGCCAAUAUCGUUGGUACCAAGUGGUAUAUCAACUCGGUGUGUUUAUAUCGCGCUCUUCAAUCAACUUUAUUGAACUUCCUUUUUGGGGCUUAUUGUUGUUGCCAGUCUUACAAUUGGCAAAUACAACUUUCUUCUUGUUUGAAUCUAUUUAUUACUUUAUCCCACAUAUUGCAAUUGCAUUCGGAGUGAUUUUGUUUGAGGGAUUCUUUGGAGGUGCUAGUUACGUCAACACGUUCCAUCGGAUUCACAAAGAUGUAAGUUUUUUUUACUAUAAGUAUACCUUUAUGAUUAAUUCAUUAACCAUAGAACACUUUAAAUUUUUUUUCAGGCCGAACCUCGUGUUCGUGAAUACAGUUUGGCCGUCGCGUCACUUGCCGAUGCCGUUGGAAUUGUUAUUGCUGGCUUUACGACAAUACCGGUUCAUAAUUUCGUUUGUAAUUUGAACUCCUAA